ACAGGAAGUAAAUUGCAACACACUCAGCAUAUAAAUAAACCAUUGGUGAUUUUUGACAAGAAGUGUUAUAAUCUUGAUCGUAGCGGUAAGAGUUUGGAGUGUGUUGUAAAGAACAUUUUGCUCUACAAUUUCUUCAGGCACUGCAGAUCGCCACCAUGAUUGUAGAGAUCCUGUUGUUCGUGGUGGGAGUGAUUCUGCUUCGCUAUUGGAUUUCCAGACCUCGGGGAAUGCCACCAGGUCCGAUGGUCGUACCAUUCCUUGGCUCCAGGCCUGUCUUCAGUGUCGACCAAGUGCAGAAGAUGCACAAAAUAUAUGGUGAUAUAUUUAAGUCGGAAAUUGGGCCGCACAAGUUUAUAUUCCUUUGCAGCAACAAACUUAUCAAGGAAGCGUUGUCAAAGACUGAGUUUGCUGAUCGUCCCCAAUUAGAAAUGUUGCAUUUUCUAACUGAUGGACAAGAGGCGGGUGUCAUAAUGAGCAACGGCAAGCGAUGGCAGAACGCUCGGAGGUUCCUGCUGCGCAACCUUCGUGAUCUCGGGAUGGGAAAGACCUACCUGGAGGAGAGCAUCCUGGUGGAGGCCAGAGCGCUGGUCAAGGACUUCAGUUCCUACGCUGGAACGCCUUGUCACGCGCCGGAGUCGCUCAAUGUUGCCGUCUUGAACAUCAUCUGGCAGAUGGUCGCAAGUAUGUCGCAUCGCUGAGAUUAUAAUUAUGUUCAUUGAACUAAUGAACAGUGUCUUAGCCCAUAAUUAUCAAUCAU